AUGCACCUGGUGGGUUGGGACAAAGUUCCUUUAAGGAAGAGAGAUGGAGGUCUUGGCAUUAGAACUACUAGAGAGGCUAAUAAUGCUAUUCUUGCUAAGGCAGGGCGGAAGGAAACUGCUUCUAGAGGCUACAAUACCAGUCUUUUGUUUACUUCUGCAGGUGACCAACUUCCCUUCCUCUCUCCUUCUUGCUACAGGAGUUUAAUAGUAUUACAAGAUAGGAACGAAGUAGCUCGACAACAUAGUGGAGAAACUAGAUGUAAGGGCACUCUAAAAUCCCCUAAUGCCUAUCCCGAUCCCGCCGCUCUUGACCCACCCUGA